AUGUCUUCUUUCAUACCUGAGCCCGUCUCCAAGCGCAUCAUAAUCUGUUGUGAUGGCACCUGGCAGUCAGCCGUGUCAGGCGUUAAGGGCUCGCCCUCUAACAUCACCAGACUAGCACAAUGUCUUAAGCGCGUGGACGUCGACGACCACGGCAAGACAUGGCAGCAGAUUGUGUGGUAUGAUUCAGGCGUCGGAACUACAUCGUCCAAAAUCGGCAAAAUGGUCGAAGGUGCCGUUGGUGGCGGUCUCGAAGGCAAUGUCAUCGAGGCAUACAAUUUCGUUGCAUUGAACUGGUGCCGUGGAGACCGGAUUUUUUGCUUUGGCUUUUCCAGAGGCGCCUAUACAGCCAGAACUAUCGCCGGUCUGAUCUCCGAUAUUGGCAUUUGCGAGCCGAGAAACAUGAACGAUUUCCCCGAUAUUUGGAGGCAGUAUAAGACCAUGGACAGCGAACGUUUCUACGGCAGCGAUGCCCACUUUGCCUGGACGGAUGGCAAAGCCGCAGAAAAGCAACCGCAGGACCUCGGCUACAAGAAUCGAAAUUUCAUUUGGGAGAAGCAUCCGCAUGGAGACUGGGCGCAAACAUCAGAGUCUCGGGAAAUCGAGCUGGUGGGUGUAUUUGAUACAGUUGGUGCCAUUGGCAUGCCAAGCAUGCAUGGCUUUGAGGCGAGGCUGCCAUGGAAAGAGGACGACCCUAAAUUCCACAAUGUUAAGCUGAACCGAAAUAUCAAGCGCGCCUUCCAAGCACUUGCUCUCGAUGAGCACCGUGAGGCUUUUGCUCCAACUCUAUACCAUCUGCCGGAAGGCAUUUCAGCUAGUGAUGCUCAGUUAGAAGAGCAGAGGCAAAAAGUCCAAGCGGCGGAAGCCGACUUUUAUGCCCAUCGUUAUGAUCAGGAAACACCUCAGGAAAAGCGACAGGCGAUCCACGACAAAUACAAUGAGGCACGCAGGGAAUUGGUCCGUAUACAAGAAUCGCGGAAGCCUCAAUCUGAACUCCUUCAAGUUUGGUUCCCGGGAGUGCAUAUUAACAAUGGUGGUGGCUCCAGCGACACGCUGAAAAACGAAGGCGACAUGGAGGAAAUGGCGAAUAUCACCUUCGCCUGGAUGCUUGACCAAAUUCGACCUUACUUGGCCAUCAACGAGACGGUCAUCCAUCAGGAAUACCGCAAUCGUCAGAUCUAUAUCGAUGAAUUGAACGAGAUCGUGCGAAAGUAUCAAGAAGACAAAAGGAAACAAGAAGAAGCUCACGUAGAGGAGACAUAUGCCCAGUCUUUCCGUCGGUUGGCAUCAAACGCUGCGUCUUACGUUACACAUCCGCUCAGUAAGAAAGGUCCCGAUCUACGCCGACGCGAUUAUGGUUGGGGCACCGGCACCAUAAUCGAUAGCUACACGGCAAUGUACUAUGCCAACGGUUCGCAAGCACGAACGCCAGGAGCGUACCACAAAGACAAGAAGCAUGCUGCGCCCGGACUGACUAAUGAACAAGUCCAUCCAAGCGUCGGAUUUAGAAUGUUUGCAACUAAGGAGGAGAAAGAUCCUAAGCUCCGAUAUACACCUAUCGGCAUGGACACAGACAAAUUUAUCCGGCUACCAAACGCUUCAGGAGGAUGGGGAUACUCGAUUAAUGGCAUUGUCUUGCCAGAGUACGUGCUCAAGAGACGAUCGGAUUUCGGUGGCAGCCCUGGAUAUGAAACGCUGGCGAUCCAGGGCGACAAAGCGAGUAGUUAUGUGCAAGCGGUUUACGGUCAUCCUAUCUAUGAGCAUUAG